AGUUAGUUCACGUAAUGCUGAAGAUGACGGCUGCCGCUGCUAAGCGUGUCUGUGGUGAUUUUUGGGCCUCGCUCACCAAAGCCUUGAAGGUUUGCAGUCUGCGAUAGUUUCUGUUAUGGCCGUGUAUGUGGAUCAUCGAAUAGAAGUUCCUGACUCAGUUGCUUCCCCUUCACUUAUAACGUGGCACCCACUUCAUCCCCUCCUGGCAGUCGCUUCCAUCAGCACAGCAGCUGGGGGCUGUGUGGAUAUCUAUCUGGAACAGGGAGAACAUGUGUCUGAUGCACGUGUUGAAAGAAGCUUUCAGGUCACAUCCCUUUCCUGGCAGCCCUCCAGACUGAUUUUGGCAGCAGGCUGGGAGAACGGAGAAGUUGUGGUACUUAACAAACAAGACAAGGAACACCACACUGUACCAUCCAAUCAUAAUGCUGAAAUUACAGUCCUAAACUGGAGUACAAAUGGUACCCGCCUUGUGUCUGGUGAUAGGCAUGGGGUCUUGGUUCUAUGGAGAAUGGACCAGCGAGGUCGAGUGCAGAGUCCUGCCCUGCUGAAACAUGAGUAUGGAAAAUACAUAUCUCACUGUAUCUUUCGACCACCCCCUCCUGGCGAGGACUUCAUGCAGCUGGCAAAAGCAGCAGUGAGUGGUGAUGAGAAGGCCUUGGAUAUGUUUAACUGGAGAAAAGCCGGAACAGGACCACCUUUGAAAAUGGGUCUCCAGGAAGGACUGUCCUUCUUUAUCGCUUUGACAGAUGGAUCUGUGCAUUAUGUGAAUGAGAAAGGAAAGACAAGCCAUAUAUUGUCCACCGACAGUCCUGUCCAAAAACUUCUCUUCAUGGAGAAAAGAGAUGUUUUAGUGGUAAUAACAGAGAACCUUCUGUUGUCCUUGCAUAGAAUUACUCUUGAGGGAGAGGCAGAAGAGCUCAUGAAGGUGAAGUUGAGUGGGAAGACAGGCCAUUCUGCAGACAUCAUUUUAAUAGACAACAGUCUUAUUGUUACAGCAGUAGGUGAGACAGUCCUCAGGUUCUGGGAUUUGGAGCGAGGUGAGAACUAUGUGCUCUCCCCAGAUGUGCAAUUUGGCUUUGAGGCAGGAGAAUGCAUUAACUGUGUUUCUUACUGCAGUGCUAAAGGUCUUUUAGCAGCUGGUACUAACAAAGGGAGAAUAGCUAUGUGGAAGAAAGCAUCAGUAUCCAGUCAGAGCAUGGGGACUUUGGAGGGCAAGGACAGAUGGAAGCUCCAGGCACCUACAGAACUUGACGGAAAUAUCACUCAGAUAAAGUGGGGCUCCAGAAGAAACCUACUGGCAGUGAACAACAUCAGCUCUGUGGUGAUUCUCAGUGAGCAGGCCAUGUCAUCUCAUUUUAAUCAACAAGUGGCUGUUGUACAGGUGUCUCCCAACCUGUUUAACGUGACCUUCUUCAGCGCAGGAACCACGCACAGUCUUCGCGUCGAUAUGAAUGUUAACGGAGUCUUCGCUACUAAGGAUGUUGUAGUAUUCUGGAAUGGGAAGCAAGUGUCUGUCUUUGAAUGCUCAGGAGUUACCAUAAGAAAUGCAGGCUCUUUCCUUUGUGACUCUCCAGUUCUGUCUGUGCAUGAAGAAAAUCUGUACACAGUUGAGCCAAAUCGGGUCCAGGUCCGCACCUGGCAGGGCACGGUUAAACAGCUGCUGGUGUUCUCUGAAGCAGAGGGGAAUCCAUGCCUCUUGGAUAUCUGUGGAAAUUUCCUGGCUGUGGGAACUGAUUUGGCUCACUUUAAAAUCUUUGAUCUCUCUCGCAGAGAGGCAAAAGUGCACUGCCAAAGCAAGAAUUUCUCGGAGCUGUUUCCUGGCCUGGGAGGCAUUGCAUCUGUCAAGUGCAAUGCUAAUGGCAACAAAGUCAGCAUCCUUGCUAGCAAGGUGGAUGGGAACAUUGAUUCCAAGAUCUGUUUCUAUGAUGUUGAAAUGGACAAAGUUACGCUCUUUGAUUUCAGUGCUGAACAAGGAAACGGUAGAGAGAAAAUUCCUUCUGGACAAGGCAUUAACAAGACUGUUGUGGAGUAUCCAGAGCUGCACAGUCACAUCCCUGUUUGCCAUUUCUGGGACCAGAAUGAACCAAGACUUUUCGUAUGUGAAGCAGUUAGUGAAACAAGCCUCCAAUCUCCAGACCAGAAGGAAAAACAGACCGAGAGCACACUGGAUGUUUUGAUUAUAUCAUUCUUCAGUACUGAAGAGCAUGGCCUUUUGCUUCAGGAAAGCUUUCCAUUGCCUUCAUCCUACCAGGUUCUCCUGGGCAUUGAGGUGCCACAUUAUUACUUUGCAAAAAAGCCAGGAGAAGCUGAGACAGAAGGACAAGCAGUAUCUGGCUCAAUAAAGGUCUCACAGAUGGUAGCCAGAAGACCCAUGAGAGAUUUUGUUGGAUUAGGAGACUGUGAUAAGACUACACGGGAUGCCAUGCUGAACUUCAGCUUCCACCUGACUGCUGGAGACAUGGAUGAGGCCUUCAAAUCCAUAAAGCUGAUCAAAAGUGAGGCUGUCUGGGAGAACAUGGCUCGCAUGUGUGUGAAGACUCAGAGGCUGGAUGUUGCCAAAAUUUGCCUUGGAAACAUGGGUCAUGCAAGAGGAGCCAAAGCCUUAAGGGAGGCUGAACAAGAACCUGAGCAGGAAGCCAGAGUGGCGGUGCUGGCGAUUCAGCUGGGCAUGCUGGAGGAUGCGGAGCGACUAUACAAGUCUUGCAAACGCUAUGACCUCCUGAACAAGUUCUAUCAAGCCUCAAACCAGUGGCAGAAAGCCAUCGAAACAGCUGAACUGCAUGACCGGGUUCACCUACGCACCACUUACUACAACUAUGCCAAGCACCUGGAGGCAACUGGAGAGCAUGGUCUCGCACUCACCCAUUAUGAGAAGUCAGACACACACCGGUUUGAGGUGCCCCGAAUGCUCUCUGAAGACUUACAAGCCCUGGAGAACUAUGUCAACAAGAUGAAAGACAAGAACCUCUGGAAGUGGUGGGCACAGUAUCUGGAGAGCCAGUCAGAUAUGGAAUCUGCGCUCAAGUACUAUGAACUGGCCCAGGAUUAUUUUUCCUUAGUCCGUGUCCACUGCUUUCAGGGCAACAUUCAGAAGGCUGCUGAAAUAGCGAAUGAAACAGGGAAUUGGGCAGCAUCAUAUCACUUGGCCCGCCAGUAUGAGAGCCAGGAUGAAAUCAAGCAGGCUGUCCAUUUCUACACCAGGGCCCAGGCAUUUAACAAUGCCAUUCGCCUGUGUAAGGAGAAUAAUUUAGAUGAUCAGCUGAUGAACCUGGCUCUUCUCAGCUCUCCAGAAGACAUGAUAGAGGCAGCCUGCUAUUAUGAGGAAAAGGCAGAGCAAAUGGACAGAGCUGUCAUGUUGUACCACAAGGCAGGACACUUCUCCAAAGCACUGGAGCUUGCCUUUGCCACAGAGCAGUUUGGGGCCCUACAGCUAAUUGCUGAAGACCUGGAUGAGAAAUCAGACCCAGCUCUGCUAGCCCGCUGUUCCGAUUUUUUUAUUGAGCAUGCCCAGUAUGAGAAGGCAAUAGAGUUGUUGCUAACAGCCAAAAAGUACCAUGAAGCCCUGCAAGUCUGCCUGAAGCAGAAUCUGACCAUCACAGAGGAGAUGGCUGAGAAGAUGACAAUCGCUAAGGACUCCAAGGAUGUCUCUGAGGAGUCUCGGAGAGAACUGUUGGAACAAAUUGCCGAUUGCUGCAUGAGACAAGGCAAUUACCACAUGGCAACCAAGAAAUACACUCAAGCAGGAAACAAGUUAAAGGCUAUGAGAGCACUGCUGAAAUCUGGAGACACAGAGAAAAUUGUAUUUUUUGCUGGAGUCUCCAGACAGAGGGAGAUUUAUAUCAUGGCCGCCAACUAUCUACAGUCACUGGACUGGCGCAAGGAUCCAGAGAUUAUGAAGAAUAUCAUUAGCUUCUAUACCAAAGGAAGGGCCCUUGACCUGUUGGCAGGUUUUUAUGAUGCUUGUGCUCAGGUAGAAAUCGAUGAAUAUCAGAACUAUGAGAAAGCACAAGGAGCACUAACAGAAGCAUAUAAGUGCCUUUCAAAAGCAAAGACUAGAAGCCCUCUGGAACAGGAAAGCAAAAUAGCACUUGUGCAAAGCAAGAUGGCCCUGAUCAAGCGAUUCAUCCAUGCUCGGAGAAUUCGCUCUGAAGACCCCAAGGAAGCGGUCAGACAGUGUGAACAACUCCUAGAUGAACAAGACCUUGACAAUACCAUCCGUCGUGGUGAUGUCUUGGGAUUCCUGGGAACAUUAUUUGCAGGUGGAAGAAUUCCAUACGGCUUACCGGUAUCUGGAAGAGAUGCGGAAAAGAAUUCCAGGUGUGAACCUGACCUACUAUGUGACUCAGCAGACCAUUGAUGCAGUUCACCGAGGAGUAGGUGUUCCCUUAAGCCGAAACCUGGUUCCAGAGCAAAUUCGGCAUAGCAGUAUGGAGAACAAGGAGGUGGAAGAAGAAGUGGCUGAUGAAGUGGAGGACUCCUGACAACUUAUACUUACCAAGGCAAAACUGACUUUAACACUAGGUCAUUUCUUCUAUCCUCAUUAGGGGGUCAUACAUCAAAUCAACUCACUGCUGCAGCAAGCUUUUGGUUCUUACCAAAAAAUUUAUUAUAUAUGCUUGUCUGUACAGCAACAGUCAUAUACUAUUUUGAACACUAAAUACAAAAACCCAAAUGUAUAUAGCCUGUUUUGAAGCUGUUUUUAGUAUUUGAAUAA